UUCACUCAUCAACACCUUGCAGCUGUCAUAAGUCAUCAUAAAAAGCGAACUGACCGCAAUACACACUGAUUCAUUCAAUAUUAUCAGUGUAACAGUGACACUAAUUCACAACCAAUCGUUUACACACUCAUUUAAAUUUCCUCGCACAACUGCGACUAUCUAAAGUGAUUCUUUACAGAAGAGGUGUCAUCGUUGCCAUCUUCUCUCUCAACGAAUCUCAUCAUCACAAAAUCGAUACUCUAGCUCCUUAUUUUUAUUGACGUGCUUCUCUUAUCACGAUUUUGGAGGUGCGAAUCGACAAUUCAAUCUCACUCAUAGCAACCACAAUAUCAAGUCUCACCAAACGAAGACACACUCUUUUCUCAAUCCCCACAAAAUUCCGACUUUUCUUUCGGAACGAAAAGAAACAAGCAGCAAACAUCGAAGCAAGGAAGAAACACCAAAGAACCACAUCAAAUCAAACAGAGCAAGCGAAGUCUUCACACUUCAAUAUACACAGAUAACAAUGGCACAGAGCGUGAACCAGCACAUGGUGACCGGUUUUGGUAGGACGGUGAGACGCAUCAGGAACCCCAACCCACAAGAUGUUCUUAGUGGACGAGGCGGAGGAAUCAACAGCCACGCGGGGAACAAGGCAUUCCGCAGCUGGGUCGAAGAGCGAAAGCCCGCGUACAACCUCGCCGAGAACAAGCAGGCUAAGACCGAGGUCGCCAUGCAAGUAGUUCAACAGGUCCAUAACCAGCGUCCAGUCGCCGGAAGAUUCCUCACUAAGGACAAGAGCAUGGAGGGAACAGGCGGCACAACUUGGUGGGUAGAAAUCGAUGAGGCCAAGGCGCUCGCGAAAACUACCCAAGCUUUGCGAGAGGGGGCGCCGAAGAUUCGAGAGGCCCUCCAGAACCAAACAGGCAGUCCUCUGUUGGGUCCAAACAGUCGUCCCAAACCCCCUAAGAAGCGCAAGAGAAAGCCAUCUGGCAAAGCAGCAAACAGAGAUGGAUCAAUUACCACGGCUACGGGUCAGCCCAGAGUGGGAAUCAAUUUGGGUGCACCUUUGCUGGAUGAUGAUAGCGAAAAACAGAUCCUCCAGGAAUUCAAACAAGACGUAUGCCAUCUGAAACGCUACAAGUCGGAGCAGCUCCUCUUGCCCACCUCAAACUCUAACCUGAAACAGGUUUACGAUCAGGCUCUGGUUCAGCUCCAUGCAAACGCCGAAAAAGCAAAGAAAGUGGCUGCCGAAAGGACGGGGGGAACCCAACAGAAUGUACAAAAACCGCAAACAUUCUUUCCGGCAACCGGAUCUCGAAUUGCACCUCUAACCAGCAACAAGGUCUUCAAAGAGAAGUACAGCCAACAGCAACAAGGCAAUGUGCCACCGGCGAUGCCAGCAAUCGAUCCCAAUGCCGCCACGCCUCCGCUUAUGGCAGCUCCGGAACCCAAUAAUAGCAUUCCCUAUUUGAGUUUGAACGCCCAACCAGCACCCAAGCGCGCAAGGCUUCGUCGAAACCACAGCCUGGCCUUAUCAGAUUACGACGAGAACGCUCUAGAUCCAGCUACCGACGAAGUGCCGGCCUUUGUGGAUCCGUUUGCCAACGAAACGGAUGUCCUCCUAAACAACAACGGUGUACUUCCGUCUCACGCAACCUCUUUUGUUCCUGAUCAACUAAGCAAGAGCGGGGACAGAUUGGCUGAAACUAGUGGACAAUCAAGGUAAGCAUUCGAAAUGAAUAUUCGAUGUCACGGUUUUGUGAGCAUUUGAUGCCGAGAAGGCCUUCGGUUUUUGUCCUCUUUGUAGUCGCUAAAGCAUAGCACCUCACGUACUGAAGUCCUGCUUACUUUUUCUAUGAAAACGAUCGAUUCAAUGCAUAACAAAACAGCAGAUUGAACUACAACAGAUCCGUACAUCGAUACCUCGAUAGAAUCUUGUCAUUUUCGUCAAACCCGUUGCAUCUUUGGGAGGAUGGUUUGAAGGGAAAUAAUGAGCAGGUUGAAACUCGCGUUGUUGACAUCAGAGAUGAUUAUUUCUUAUGCGAUGCCUUGCCCCAAGAUGAAUAGGACGCGAAGAUAAUCAUGAGGGUGGUGUAUCAAAGCCCCAGGAACCUCAGACAAGAAGAUGGAUAUUGUCAAGUCCAUUCUCCCGAGGCAUACCCAACAGCAUAAUUCGAUGUUCCUAGUUUCGUGUCAUCGCAGAUCAGUUUUUGUAUCAGAAGCAAUGAAACUAUUGAACCGAGAUCCUGACCAAGAUAACCUGUAAACAUACUUUCAAGUGGCAACGCGGUUGGAUGGAACGAAACCAGAAAGUGCCAUAGAACAAACCAGAAGCCAUCAGAAUGUUGCCACGCAGUAAUCAUAUUUACACGAUGACAGUAUGCCACCAAAAGUGACUGAGGAACAAAAUGUAAGGAAUGAUCCACGCGUCUUUUUCCGGUACACAUACACAGUGAUUGUAAUAUAUAUCUGACGACUUUCAGGGGAAUACAAAAAGUCGUAAACAUAGAACAGUUUUGGAAUAGCAUGAAAAUACAAUAGUAGCGAUCGAAGACAUUGAGCACACCCGUUUAUGCUGUCUCAUCAUCUUGGAAAAGCGCAUCGUAGUAGCAGCAACACGAAUAUCCCCUCUUGCAUCAACAUUUUACAUCUAAUUUGGGACAGGUUCAACACCAGCUUUGUAAUAAAAUUUCAUCUUACAG